UCUCUCUAAUAAUGGCAUUCUCAAGGGUGACAGUAUAAAUUACCAAUAUGACUAAUUGACUAGUCUCUCGCCUCGAGGACCUCGCAGGCGCAGCUUUCUCCACCCCGACUCUCGCCAUCGGCACAAGCCCUGAGUCCUACACUACACACUCUGAAAAUCUAGAGAGAUAACAAGAAUUCUCAUCCUCUCCUUUUCGAUCUGAGUUAUUUAGUUUCUGUACUCCACGCCUGUGCACCGCUAAUUCUUUCGGAUGAGAUAGAGAAGGAGAUCGAUCUUCAAAAUCGCCAAUGGUGUACCACUCAAGUUUUGUUAAUGAGGAAGCUAUAGCAAAAGCUUGUGGGUGUCCUCUGCUUCCUUUGAAAAGCCAUAUAAAGGGUCCUGCACCAGUUUCAGAUCAAGAUAAAACUGACAUCAUUGAUGAAGCAAUCACAUUCUUUCGUGCCAAUGUCUUCUUCAGAAACUUUGAUAUCCAGAGCUCAGCUGACAAGCUUCUCAUAUAUUUGACAUUUUACAUUAAUGUUGCUUUGAAGAGGCUUGAGGGCUGCAGAACACUGGCUGAGGGGACCAAAGCUAUCAUUAACUUGGGUCUAGAGAAGGUCCCUGUGCCUGGAGAGCCUGGUUUUCCUUUUGCGGGACUUUUCCCACUUUCUGAGUCUCAGCAAGAAGCAGAGCUAUUUAGGGACUAUCUGAAGCAGAUAAGGGAGGAGACAAGUGGAAGACUACUCAGUGUUGCAUACAGGCCAAAUGGAACUCCAAACAAAUGGUGGCUGGCAUUUGCCAAGAGGAAAUUCAUGAAUAUUAUUGUCCCCUAAAGCAUUGUCAAGAGAAUGGUACUCUCUCUAGGACUUGGAAGUCCUACAGAAACCUCAUCAAGAAUGACAGAUUUUCCUGGAUGAUCUGUAUUUUCUUAUUGCUUGCUUUCCAGCCUUUGGUCUUUCAACUUAUUCUUCUCUGCAGAAUCUUGUGUUGUUGAUGAGGUCAUUAAGAAGAAUAUGUAUUCAUAAAGUCAUGGUUUUGUGCA